UUUUCUAUUUACCUUUGUUAGAGAUUAGUUACCUUAUUUCCUAGUCUUUGAUGUUUGAUGCUUAUAUAUUUUUAAUUUAUUCAUUUUAAUUAGGAUAUAAAAUAUCUAUAAAAGGAUCAUGGACAAUUCUAGAAAUAGGAGAUGGAUGCAAUGUGAUACAAUUAGUGAAGAGUAUCUAGAGGGAUUAGAAAAGUUUUUAGAUCAUGCCUUUCAUCAUAGUAAUGGAGAAUCAAUUGCUUGUCCUUGUAAGAAAUGUGUGUUACACUAUUUAGUGGAUCGGACAAUGGCCUAUGAUCACCUUGUGGUUAAUGGUAUUAUGCCAUCAUAUGACACUUGGUUUUAUCAUGGAGAAUUAUUAAACUCACCUACUCCUAUUGGAGAAACUAAUUGUAUAGAAAAAACUUUUAGGGGUGAUGAGAUGGUAGGAAUGAUAGAGGAUGUUUAUAAUGGCUUUACCCAGAGCAUAGAUAAUGACCCUUUAGAAAGUGGUGACGAGGAGCCAAACUUGGAGGAGCCAAAUUUUGGAGCCAAACAUGCGUCAAAAAAUGAAUCUCAUCCAGAAGUGGAAAUAUUUGACAAGUUACUAAAAGAUGCAGAUGAAGAAUUAUAUCCUGGAUGCAAGAAAUUCAGCAAGCUUUCUUUUCUAUUGCAACUUUACCAUCUAAAGCAAUUAUUCAAAUGGAGCAAUGAGUCUUUUGAUGCGUUGCUAGGAUUAUUAAAAGAAGUAUUACCCGAUGGUGAGAAGCUACCUAGUUCUUAUUAUAAUACUAAAAAGAUGGUCAAGGGAUUGCGCUUGAAGUAUGAAAUGAUCCAUGCUUGUCCCAACGAUUGUAUGCUUUUUAGGAAUGAAUUGGCUAAUAAGAACAUCAACAAAUGCUCAGUUUGUGGAGCUUCUAGGUGGAAAAACAAUAAGAAAAAAAUUUCUGCUAAGGUUCUAAGGUAUUUUCCCCUUAAGUCAAGGUUGCAGAGACUGUUUAUGUCUUCAAAAACUUCUAAAUUGAUGAGAUGGCAUCAUGACGAACGCAAUAAAGAUGGGACUUUGCGACAUCCUGCAGAUUCUGAAGCGUGGAAAAGUUUUGACAAUUCUCAUGAAGAAUUUUCUAAAGAUCCUCGCAAUGUUCGUUUAGGAUUAGCUGCUGAUGGAUUUAAUCCAUAUAGUAAAAUGCAAAGUAAACAUAGCACAUGGCCAGUGAUUUUAAUGCCAUAUAACCUUCCACCAUGGUUGUGCAUGAAGCAAGAGUUUUUUAUUUUGUCGUUACUCAUUCCUGGACCAACAGCGCCUGGAAAUAAUAUUGAUGUUUUCUUGCAACCUUUGAUAGAAGAGUUAAAGGAAUUAUGGGAUGUUGGGGUGAAAACCUAUGAUGUCUUUGAUAAGAAGACAUUCAAUAUGAAAGUAGCGCUCAUGUGGACAAUAAAUGAUUUUCCAGCAUAUGGUAACUUAUCUGGUUGGUGCACUUAUGGUGAAUUUGCUUGCCCUUCUUGCAAUAUAGACACUCAUUCUAUAAGGCUCACAAAAGUCAAAAGUAUUGCUACAUGGGUCAUCGACGCUUCUUGAAGUCUAAUCAUAAAUAUCGAAAUGAUGCAAGGUCUUUCGAUGGGACUAAAGAAUCAAGAGUUGCGCUUGGUCCAAUAUCAGGUUCAUUAGUUUUGAAUCAAACUAGAGGCAUAAAUUUUUCUCUUGGUAAGCUUGGUGAAGAUGUUAGUGGGGUGAUAAAAAAUACAUGGAGAAAGAGGAGCAUUUUUUUCAAUCUCCCUUAUUGGGAAACAAAUUUGGUGCGACAUAACCUUGACGUGAUGCACAUAGAAAAAAAUGUGUGUGAUAACUUGAUAUAUACAUUGUUAGGUCUGGGUAAAAAGUCGAAAGAUAACUUGAAGGCUCGGUUGGACUUGAAAGAGAUGAAUAUAAGACCUAGCUUAUGGCCUCAACAACGAGCUAAUGGAAAGACAUUUCUCCCUCCUUCUUAUUUCUCAAUGUCUUCUGCUGAAAAGAAGUUGUUUUAUGAAGUACUAGAAAAUGUUAAGCUUCCACAUGGCUAUGCAUCUAAUGUCUCUCGUUGCAUUCGGAAACAGAAAAUAUCAGGGCUAAAAUCUCAUGAUUGCCAUGUUAUAAUGCAAGAACUUCUUCCACUUGCCUUACGAGGAACAGUAGAUAAAAAGAUGAGCUCUGUUUUGAUCGAAUUGUGCACAUUCUUUCGAGGGAUAUGCAGUAAAAAUCUUGAAGUGGAAAAAUUAACACUACUUGAGGAGAAGAUUGUCUUAAUAUUGUGUGACAUGGAGAAGCUCUUCCUCCCAUCAUUUUUCACAAUUAUGGUGCAUUUGGUUAUUCAUUUAGCAACUGAAGCUAAAAUUGCAGGUCCAGUCCAAUAUCGCUAGAUGUAUCCAAUAGAAAGGUAUUUAUGCACUUUAAAAUCAUAUGUUCGAAAUCAAGCAUGUCCAGAAGGUUCUAUAACAGAGGGAUAUAUUUCAAAUGAGUGUUUGGCAUUUUGCUCACUAUAUAUGGAAGGUGGGGAUUCAAGAUUUUAUUGGUCAACAAAAAAUAAAAUGGAGAUUGAGCAUGAGGCUGAUCAAGAAGAAUGCCUUUUUCCUUCUAUUGGGAAACCAUUUGGCAAAGAAGAAGCAUUUUUAAUGGAUGAUAAAACAUGGUUGCAAACCCAUCGAUAUGUGCUCUUCAAUUGUGCUUCUAAAGUGGUUGAAGAUUAUAGAAAUGAACAUAUUAGUGAGAUCAAGAGAACACAUCGCAAGCGUCGCCUUUCUCCACAUCAACUUGAUCGCUUGCAUUUUAAUUCAUUUCAUGAAUGGUUCAAGGAUGAAAUUAACAAGUUGGAUAUCACAUUUGGUACCCAAGGUGAUAUAAGAACCCUUUCACGAGGUCCAAGUUACAUUGCAAGACGAUUCAAAGGUUUUGAUUUGAACAAUGGGUAUCGAUUUCGAACAAAGAAGCAUGAAGAGUCCAAGGCAACACAAGAUUUAGGUGUCAUGGUUGUGUCAAAGGUGAUUAGCUAUGCAAGUGCAAGUGACAAUGCUCCCAAGUCGGGAAACAUCAAUUAUUAUGAAAGAUUGACUGAUAUUAUAGAGUUAAAUUACUUUGAAGAAUUUAAGGUUGUCUUAUUUAAAUGUGAUUGGGUUGACAUAACCAAAGGUAGAGGAGUUAAGAAAGAUGACUUGGGUUUCACACUAAUGAACUUUUCACACUUAAUACAUACCAGUGAUCAAGAGAGUGAUGAACCUUUCGUAUUUGCAAACCAAGCUCAACAAGUGAUAUUUGUGAAAGAUCCUCAUGAUCAUGAAUGGUUUAUCCUUAGGCUAAUUAGUCCUCGAGACAUAUAUAAUAUGGAAGAAAAGAAAAUCAUGCAGUUUGAGCAAUUAAUACAAAAUGAUAAUGGUGACUUAACUUUGUUAGAGGAAAUUUGUCACUUUGAGGAUGGGAAUAAUGAUUGGGUUAGAAGUGGGGUUAAUGGUAUAGUAAUUGAUCAUGGACAUUCACCAAAUCAAACUGAUGACAAUUCUGAGUAA